UAUCAAGUAACAACACUAUGCGGUUCCGCGCAUUUAAAUUGGAAAUUGGGGGUCUGGCUGUCGACGUAUAGUAAUUCUGCCCGCUCAGUUCACUUUCAAUCAUCCCAGAGGAAGGAGGUGUGCCCGGUGUUGACUUCCAACGAGGUGACUUCUAAACCAGUGCAAAAUGGCUUUAGUGAGAUUGUUGGCUCAUGAGGGCCGCAAUGCGUUGCAGCGAGGCUACUGCACAGCCACCGCACCGACAACCAAAAUGUUUAUCGAUGGCAAAUUCGUCGAGUCGAAAACCACCGACUGGAUAGAUCUGCACGAUCCGGCCACCAACAAGGUCGUAACGCGUGUUCCAAAGUGCACCAAGGAUGAAAUGGAUUCGGCAGUGGAAUCCUCCAAGAAGGCAUUCAAGACCUGGAGCCAAACGUCCAUUCUGGGCAGGCAACAAGUGAUGUUCAAACUGCAGCACCUCAUCAGAAACAACAUGUCCGAGUUGGCUAAGAACAUCACCAAGGAACAGGGUAAAACGUUGAUCGAUGCAGAAGGCGACGUUUUGCGUGGAUUGCAGGUUGUCGAACACUGCUGCAGUAUUACAUCGCUGCAAAUGGGCGAAACCGUAUCGAAUAUUGCAAAGGAUAUGGACACUUACUCGUAUACUCUGCCCUUGGGUGUAACGGCCGGAAUCUGCCCCUUCAAUUUCCCUGCCAUGAUUCCCCUGUGGAUGUUCCCACUUGCCAUUACCACGGGUAACACCAGCAUCAUCAAGCCAUCGGAACGCGUUCCUGGUGCUACCAUGAUGCUGAUGGAAUUGCUGAACGAAGCCGGUUGUCCACCUGGAGUUGUGAAUGUUAUUCACGGAGCGCACGAUGCGGUGAAUUUUAUUUGUGACAAUCCUGCUAUUAAGGCUGUUUCGUUUGUUGGUUCGGAUCAAGCGGGCAGGUACAUCUACGAGCGUGCGGGACGCAACGGAAAACGUGUCCAGUCGAACAUGGGUGCCAAAAAUCAUGGCGUCAUUAUGGCCGAUGCCAACAAAGAAAACACGUUGAAUCAACUGGCGGGAGCUGCUUUCGGUGCGGCUGGUCAGAGGUGUAUGGCUUUGUCGACUGCCGUAUUCGUGGGUGAGGCAAAGAACUGGAUUCCCGACCUCGUGGAACGCGCUCGCAAGUUAAAAGUGAACGCCGGCCACGUACCUGGAACUGAUGUUGGUCCUGUAAUUUCACCACAGUCAAAACAGAGAAUUAAUGAAUUGGUCGAGUCUGGUAUUAAGGAAGGUGCCAAGAUCGUCCUGGAUGGACGUGGUAUAAAGGUUGAAAAUUUCGAGAAUGGCAAUUUCGUAGGACCAACCAUCCUUACCGAUGUGCAGCCAAAUAUGAAGUGCUACACCGAAGAAAUCUUUGGCCCGGUGUUGGUGUGUCUUACCGCCGAUACUUUGGAUGAUGCUAUCGAAAUCAUCAACAGCAACCCGUACGGCAAUGGCACGGCCAUCUUCACGACGAACGGUGCUACUGCUAGGAAGUUUGUGAACGAAAUCGAUGUCGGCCAGGUCGGUGUCAACGUACCAAUUCCGGUCCCACUGCCGAUGUUCUCGUUCACCGGUACACGGGGUAGCUUCCUGGGUGACUGUCACUUCUACGGAAAGCAGGGUAUCAAAUUCUAUACUCAAACGAAAACGGUUACCCAACUGUGGCGCGAAGGGGACGUUUCCCACACUAAGGCCGCCGUCGCGAUGCCAACCAUGAAGUAGAGCUGUGAAGAUUGGAGAACUGUUAAACGGGUUAUGUCUUCCAAGAACUGCGUGCAUUUAAUAGGGUUACGAGCAUUUAAAGUAUUUGAUACUGAAUUUUAAUAAAUCACUGUAAGGUUGUAUACUAUGAAA